AUGGAUUUCAUCAAGACCACUUCUCCGUGGGCCCCGAGUGAGUUAGCUUUCCAAUGCAAUUGGAUUCAUAUCAUUUGGAUGAGUAGAAAAGGAGUUAUGAUCGAUUUAGUGAAGACUGGUCCAGACGGCUCAAACCGAGAAUUGGCGUCCAGACCGUACGGAACGGCCGACCGAGGAACAUCCGUACCACGAGCGGCCAACGUCCGGACACACCGUGCAUCCCACCUGAACGCACGGCCGAGCUCACGUACCGACCCGGGAAGCAUCAACCUGCGGUCGACCAAUCCGAAGCCCCGCGACCUUAGGCCGCGCACGACCGCACCGCGCGAGCAGGAGGGCAAUGCCUCACGACCGUGCGGCACAACACGUGCCACACGCACGACCCAUCCGUCCGAUCAGGAAGGCCUCGUCUCACGUACCGGCCGAAUGCCUUGA